AUGCUUACCAAGUACGCCAUCCUUGCUGCCACUGCCGCCGCUGCUGUUGCCGCCGCUCCCGCUCAGAAGCGCGCUGCUGCUGGCCAGGCCGACAUUGACGUUGUCAUUCUCAACUAUGCGCUUACCCUUGAGCACCUUGAGAACGCCUUCUACCGCGACUCGCUUGCCACGUACGAUGCUGGAGCCUUCCGCGCCGCCGGUUACCCCGAAUGGGUCCGCCAGCGAUUCGUCGAGAUCGGCGGUCACGAGAAGGCUCAUGUCGACUUCUUGACCAAGGCUCUCGGUGACCAGGCAACCAAGGAGUGCACGUACAACUUUGGCGUUACCGACGUCAACACGUUCAUUGCUACCGCCGCUCUUCUUGAGGGUAUCGGCGAGAGCGCCUACCUCGGUGCUGCCCAGAACAUUACGAACCCCGGAACACUCACCGCCGCGGGAUCGAUCCUCACUGUUGAAUCAAGACACAGUGGCUGGGUCUCUUCGUCGGUUCUCAAGGGAGACGGAUUCCCCCGUGACACCAGCACCCCGCUUAACUUCAACCAGACUUAUUCGCUCGCUGCACCGCUGAUCACGUCGUGCCCCGAGACUAACCCCGCUCUCCCCGUCAAGGCGUUCCCCGCCGCAAAGGUCGAGGGUAAGGUUGGCGGAGGCAAGACAGUCACUGUUUCCGGUGAAGGUGUGCAGUCGGGCCAGUACGCCGCUUUCCUCGCUGGUCUCGGUGUGUUCUACGCCCAGAUCGGUGAUGGAAACACGGUCACUGUUCCCGAGGACGUCGGUUACGGCCGUAUCUACAUGGUCGUUUCCAGGGUCGAGAACUCGAUCGCUGAUGACGACGUUGUUGCCGGUCCCGCUGUGAUCGACAUCCCCCUGUCCAGCUCCAAGGCCGAGAAGAUCUCCGCGCUCUCUUCGUAA